UUUGGGGAACACAUUCCAUUGGGUAAAUUACAGAUAUAUAGAUAUAGAUACUACAAAGUACGGUAAGAACAAGAAAAGUCAAAGUGAAUGGACCAAACCUUGACCAGCUCACAAAGAAAACAUCCCAACUUUAUCAAGAACAGAUCACCUUACUUAUCUUCUUUCAUCCACUAGCUUAGUUAUGGCUUCCACGGCUCUUCACUUCCUAUCUCAUCGGAAAACUCUCAACCAUACCUACACUAUUCCAACCUCUCUAAUUACUGCGACUCGAUCAGAGAUAUUAUCCGCCGGCAGUCGUUUCGCCUGCCUUGGACACAUCAAAUGCACUUCAAAUCCAGCUCCUCAAAAGAUUAGCAAUUUCCCGGACUCAAAUUCACAACUGGAAACAGAAAGUGAAGAAGACCAGCUAGACAUAGAGAAGCGACGGAAAUCAGAAAUUAUCCGAGACAGGAAAUCUAGACUGGGUCUGGUGAAACCUGAACCCAAGAAUUUCGAAAUAGGAUGGAAGAGAACCAAAGAGAUAGUGGUGGAGAAGCCGAAGGGGUAUGUAAUUGCAGAUUAUCUGGAGAAAUUGGAAGGCUUGAUGGAGAGGGGGGAUUUUGGGUCUACAGAAUUAUUAGCAAAAACUGGAGAGAUAGUAGCAGAAGCUGCAAGAGAAGAAGCAGAAGUAUUAAGAGAGGAAGGAGUAGAAGACCGAUUGAUUACAGAACUGUCUAGGGUUCUGAGAUUGAUGGAGAUGGAUCUGGCAAUGGUUAAAGCUUCUGUGAAAGAAGAAACUCUCAAGGAAAGGAUCGAACAGGCUAAGGCUAGGUGCAGACAGGCCAUACUUGUUGCUAAUUCCUUUUAAUUUAUUUUUUCCAUGGGAAUCUGUAUUUAGCCAAGUUAAAUGGACAUGAAAAGACUACUAAUACUAUAAA